AUGUCUCUAAAACGUAAAUUCCUUCACUUUAACGACGAGAACGAGCUCUCUGAUAACGAGAUUAAGCUCUUUAAUGACGAGAACGAGCUCAAGGGUGACGAUGAUAUCCCCGAAGACCACUCGAUGUCGCGGAGGACUCUGACGAUGAUCAGACUAACCCCAGAUGACGCUAGACGGUGGUUUGAGGACCCCUUGACGACAUUUGGAGUCUUGUCGGAGGACGAGAUCGCAUGCCUCGACAGAAUUCGUGACUCGAACAACUUCUACGCAACAGACACUGAGGCGGUCGGACAGCUUCUGGUCCAAGCAGCGGUCGUCGACUCAAAUCAACGCGUGGUGUUCUCCGGUCACAUCCAUCACGACUGUGCAACAGCUGAGGAGCUAUGGCAGCUUGCCACCGAUGUGAACGGAGGGAGACUCACCAGUGUCGAAUCCAUAGGGCUCCCAAGAGCAUCUGGAUCUCCAUCCACACAGCCCCCUCAGGGGUAUAGCGUGGCCUGGCUCAGCGAGCAGUGGAGGCUGCUUAAAAAGAAAGCUCCGGACCUACAGAUUGCGGAAUGA